UGUAAGCUUCUUAGAGCAUGAAUUUGGUUGAAACCUUAUUUUAUAAUAUAAGAUUAUCUGACAUCUAUUAUGUAUAGUAGCUCAAAUUAACAUAAAAACUCAACACUUAAGUUUUAAAACUCCAAACAUGUCUUUCUUCACGCCCUUCUUUGCUUGCUUUGUCCCAAAAUCUAUUUCACGGGUUCACACAACCGACACUAACUUGAAAAUCUUGUCUUUAAAGAAACCGAAAAGCAAGACCGAGUCCCUAAGAGCUCCUACAAUCGUCAUAUCUUCCUUUCAAGUAUGUUUCAACCUUUCCCGUAUGUAGAAAAAUAGGAAGAUGAAAAGUUAGAUUUGGUAGUGUGAGAAAACAAUGACAGACGACAAAGAAAGGAUAUAUAUGUGGCUGCUGUUACUAUUGAUCCAGUCCAAUUUUUAUAUGUUCUUUUUGUUCGUUUGAUUUUGUAAUAGACGACCA